AUGAACGUGAGCAGAGACACGGUUCAGGUGAGUGACCUCUCUUCUCCAGCUCCGGCGGUGGCCGUAGCCGCUUCAGAAGGGUUGCCCUGCAACAUUCACGCCGAAAGCAUGGACAGUCACGGGGAACAGAGACUUUCAGGCAACGAGCUGUCGGUUUACUCAUGCCCUGCCAACAGAGACAGACAGCAAGGGGACAAUCAGGGCAACUCGCCGGGACAUGAGGUGGCCGUGGUGGUGCCACCAACUGUGCACAGGACCACCUCGUUUUCAGUACUGGACAUUUUGGACCCUAACAAAUUUAUCAGUAAAAAGCGCCACAGUUCCAGUAUUCCUUACAGAGACAACAACAAUUUUCUACUGGGAGCCGAGAACAGAGGUGCCGAAGACUCAGCUCUAGAAAUUGCAGAUCAGAAAGUUCUCUCUGAUGAUUAUGACUCGUGCAAAAAGUCAACAGAUUUAAUCAACGGAGUGUUGUAUAAAUCCGAGGAAUGUGAAAAUGAUUUCAGCAGAGGUACGCACACUCCAGAGAGCGACACGCAGGACGAGGAGCUGUGCAGCGAGGAGAGCAGCAGCGGCCUGCAGGGUUCGGGGGACGGGGAUCUAGGACACCGAGAAGAGGGCGAUUCGGUGGGUCAGCAGCAACCAGGACAGAACGGCCAGAGUCAACAGGCCAAGCCCAAGAGGAAACGCACUGGUUCAGAUUCCAAGUCGGGCAAACCCCGGCGGGCCCGGACAGCCUUCACCUACGAACAGCUUGUAGCUCUCGAGAAUAAAUUCAAGUCCACCCGCUAUCUGUCAGUCUGCGAGAGACUGAAUCUGGCUCUUUCACUCAGUCUGACAGAGACCCAGGUGAAAAUUUGGUUCCAGAACCGCCGGACCAAGUGGAAGAAGCAAAACCCUGGCGCUGACACCAGCGCCCCGACAGGGGGAGGCGGCGGUAGCGCACCAGGGAGCGGGCUUGGUGGUGGUUUGAGUCUGAGCCCUUCUCCUCCAAUGGGUGGCCAGCUCUCGAUGCACACCGGUUACCCGGGUCACGCACCGGGCGGACUGGUCUGCACUGCCCAGUUGCCCUUCUUGCCAAGCCACGCAGUCCUGUCUCCGUUUGUUUUGGGAUCACAAGCCUAUGGGGCCCCGGCGUUUUAUACUUCACACCUGUAAAGGAAGAGAAACAAACUGAUAGCUAAACUGUACGCGUGCAAAAACUAUCUCUUGUAACAUAAUUACAAAAAAAGAUACCGGACUUAAAAGACUGAUUUGUCUUCGUUUUAUUUUUUAUUUUUACAAUCCCGAAAUAAAUUGAA